AGGCAGGGAGUGCCGUGGAGAUAAUUGGAGGAGAAACUUGUGAAAGGGGUGGGAGCUGUUCUCUGAGUUAGGAAGGAGAGUCUUGGGAUAGGGAGCUUCAAAUAAUCCACGUUUGAGAUCUGGGGGAGCGCUCUUCGAGACUGGCAGGCGAAGAUGUCUUGCAUUUAUUUCACAUGUUGGUGAAAAUGACUGAUGAACUCUGUCCAACAGUCAAGGAAGCGGCCUUCUAUCGGUUUGGUGACAUUUCAAGCAGCAGUUCAAAAUUUACUAAGAGUCCUCCCAGAGAGGUAUGUGGAAUAGUAUGGCAGAAGCUUCGCCUAGAGAUGGGCAGUGCUAAGGAGCCAGAGACUUUGCAGUUGCUGAAGCAAGAAGCAGUUCUUGAAGAUGCUCACCAGUCCAGCACCAGCUUGCCUUGCAGUCAGGAGAAAGCCAGUUGCCUCCCAAACAUCCGAUGUGACGGAGGAGAUCUUACCAUGAGGAACUGCUGUGUAAAUGAUCUCGGCACCAAAGAGAGCAGCCAAGAAGACGCCAUGGUGGACAAUCCAAACCAGAAAGAGAAAGCUCCAUCUGUGGACACGAAGCCUUCAGUGGAUGUAGCUGCUGCCACUGAUACUGUGGUUCUUAAAGAGACAAGGGCUGGAGAAAGCCCAUUGGAAGGGGAACUAGCAACGGGCCACGAUUUGCGGCACGGCAGCGAGCAGGACUCAAGAAUGAAGGAGCUUCCCAGUGGUUCAGCCAAUACCUGCAGCCGUCUAGAAGGGAAAGCUGCUGGGAAAGCCAGCCCUGCUGAUGAGAAGGGAAGUGCAGGGGAGGCAUGUCAGCAUCUCCCAGUAGAGCCCUGCCUAAGGGGAGCCAGUAAGGAUCCACCCAGUGCACCAGCCUCCCUGAAACAUGUUGCGUUUCUUGAACCAACCAAAAACAAAGCUGAGGCUGGAAACAUCAGAGUGGGUGUAGUGAACUCUGAAGUGGGCCCAGCACUUCUCAUGUGCCAGCAAAAAACAAUCCCAGGGCAGCCUGGUGCCUCUACGAGAGCUCUGUCUCCUUUCUGCAGUGACAUCUGUGAAGCCGCAGAAUGCUUGGAUGAAGGACAUGGAAAUCCCCUUGCAACUGAAGUGACUAAGGAAUCUGCUCCAGAGCCCGUGGGAACUAAAACCACACCAGGGGAGUUAGGCAAAGCAAGUACAGAUACGAACCAGCUGAGUCAAAGCGGGGAAAUGAAGGUCCCUGUUCUGAAAACUAGCACAGGUGGGAGUUGCAGUGUGGUCCCUGCUGCUCCUGCUCCUCUUCCUCCUCCUCCUCCUGAAAUCCAGUGCCAAGGGACAUCAGGUGAGUCACAAACAACCACAGGUCAGCCCACAGAGAAAGCGGAGAGGCUCAAAGAAGCAACGCCCUUCAGUACUGAGAGCAAAACCCGAGCUCAGGAACAACCAAAGCCAGAGGCAGCCAGCGUGAGCAUAGGAGAGGAACACACGAUGGAGGCAGAGCAGAGGUCUGUGGAACUGCUUGCCAAGACCUGCUCCUUUGAGGUCACUCCUCCCCAGCAAGAUGCUGGGACUCAAGUGGACAAUCGCGUGACUAUGGUGUCAAUAGCUGUCAGCCCCAUCAACCCACCUGAUGGCUCCACAGCCUUCACCUUCCACACCCAGGGCUCCUCUCUGAAGAGCCCCGGCCCGGAGCAGAAGCCCACCAAGACAGAUGUGAAACACACAACAGAGGCAGAGCAGAGGUCUGUGGAACUGCUUGCCAAGACCUGCUCCUUUGAGGUCUCUCCUCCCCAGCAAGAUGCUGGGACUCAAGUGGACAAUCGCGUGACUAUGGUGUCAAUAGCUGUCAGCCCCAUCAACCCACCUGAUGGCUCCACAGCCUUCACCUUCCACACCCAGGGCUCCUCUCUGAAGAGCCCCGGCCCAGAGCAGAAGCCCACCAAGACAGAUGUGAAACACACAGCAGAGGCAGAGCAGAGGUCUGUAGAACUGCUUGCCAAGACCUGCUCCUUUGAGGUCUCUCCUCCCCAGCAAGAUGCUGGGACUCAAGUGGACAAUCGCGUGUCUAUGGUGUCAAUAGCUGUCAGCCCCAUCAACCCACCUGAUGGCUCCACAGCCUUCACCUUCCACACCCAGGGCUCCUCUCUGAAGAGCCCCGGCCCGGAGCAGGAGCCCACCAAGAAGGAUGUAGAAAUGCAAGUGUCCAUCGCUGUGGAGACCCGGUCAGUGGCCACGGGGCCCAUGACUCCUGUGGCCAAAUCCCCCCAGGCUUCCUAUCCUGAGGUGCACGUGAAAGGUGCACAGGAAGAGACCCCAGAGCCUGUGCGGGAGGUCAGCUGGGAUGAGAAGGGCAUGACGUGGGAAGUGUAUGGUGCCUCCAUGGAGGUGGAGGUGCUGGGCAUGGCCAUCCAGAAGCACCUGGAGAAGCAGAUUGAAGAGCAUGGCCGGCAGGUGGUGAUGACUCCUCAGAGCACCCGCACCAGCUCCAUCAAGGGCCCCCCUCGCAAAGGCGACAUCAAGAGGCAGCCUAGUGUGUUUAGGGCACUCCUCCAGAAUGUCCGGCGGCCCCGCUGCUGCUCUCGAGGGGGUCCGGCUGUGGAGUGAAGGGGGCGCUUGCUGUGUGGUGGUCUUUACAACAGCUGGAAAAUGCAAAUGUUGUGUGGUUUCUCAGGCAAUGUGUGAGACAAUCCCUUUUUAGUCUCUUGAAUUCCAAGUGUUCUGCCACUUCCUCUACUGCACUUUAGAAGACACCGUGAAGUCUCCUGAAAAUGCAGGCCAGAUACAAUAUGGGCAAAGGUGUGCAAAAAGCACCUCACAUCGUUUUGCUUGGCAGAGUUUAGCCCUGGUCAGAACUGUGUGCCAAGGGAGUUUGUGUGUCCCAGAAUGCAGUGCUCAUAUGGCUGCUGACCCUUGGAAUACAGCUUUGCAUACUGGGACAUAGAGGCUUGGCAGUACUAAACUUAGAUAAGACAGUACACAAGGCUCUGAGCCAUCUGGCUGUUUGCUAUCAGCAGGAGACUGUCCCUGGGCUUUUUGUAUAUUGCUGACGAUGUCCUCUGAUAGGCCCCGUUUGGCAUUUAAAGCGGGGGGGGGCGCCACUGAAGAUCUCGUAAAGGUCCUAGUGCUCUGAAGGAGGCUGCACAAGACGCUUGAGUGAGGAGUAAGAAGCCAGUAACCUAGUAACAAGAGGAGUUUGCAGUCCAGUAGCAAGCAUUUCUAUUAGGCCACCUUCCUUGUAUAAAUGUGCCAUGAACCCAUAUAAUGGGAGCCACACUAUAGGCUGUCAAAUAGAAGUCCGCUUCAUUGCCAACAUAUCUCAAAAUCACAAUCACUCCUCCAGGGACCCUGAGGCAGAGGGUCUUUUCCAGCGGUCCCAGUGGUCCAAGAACUGCAAAGCAGACAUCACCACAGCCACAAGUGAAGUGCUUGCCCACAAAAAUUAGCAUUCUGUGUCUGUCCUAUCACAUAAAUGCACCCCCCCACACACACACGAAUCAACAUGUGGCGUGUUAGUGGCACACCUGUCCAGGCGGCUGCUCUCGGGCGUUCUAAUGCUACAUGCCGAUGUGCUGGCUAACAUGGUCAGGGCUUUUAUACAAAACGAGGCAUGCAUGAUCAGCAAGCCCAUAGCUGCCAUCACAUCUGUUUUGAUCCAGACACUCCUUUAUUUGAGAACCUGAAUCGGGGGUGUCCUACGUGUCACACACCAAGUUCUGAGGUGCUAUAACUUGAUAUUAUAGUUGUCUUAACACAGAAUUAAUCCCUGAACCUUGGAAGUUUUGGAUUUUAGGUGCCGCCUAUAGCAUGUUUCUAGCACAGAUUCUGAGUCUUGAAGGCCAACCUCUCCUUAGAAAAACAGUUACCCUCUAGGGCUAUUCACACGAUUGUCAAAAUAAAAGGUAGGAGGCAUGCAGCCAGGUUCAUGAGAACCCAUGCAUAUCUAGCUUGUUCAAAUGCAGGUAGCCCAGAUACUGUAUUUUGUUCUUUGCUGAAAUAGAACAAAAAUAGCAGCCAUCCUACCUUGUCGUGUUGAUCAUGUGGGUGCAGUUGAGCAGAUGGGUGCAUUCUAACAGUCCCCGGGAGUGAGUAGCCAUGUUUGUAAUAGAGCACUGUGGCCACAGGGGCUUGCAUCUGUGAAUAUGACGCUCUACACAGCACACUCUAUGGUCCUUUGCUAGCAAUGCCUUCGGUAGGGCUGGUCCUGCCUCAUGCCCCUUCAUGGCCAAUCAGCUGGUCUCUUGAUAGCACAAUGCAUACUGGGAUAGCUCUUUCAAUCCUCAGAGGACUCACCUCCCAAUUUCAAAAAUGGAGACCGCCGUUGCCUGGAUUGUCUGAGUGCUGAGAUUGCAGACCCAAACAGAGCGCCUGUGAAGAGCAGAGUAGGAGCUCUUUACCCCACCCCAAACCACCCUCAGAUAAUUGUGGGCAAGGCCCUUCUGGCUUUCAUUGCACCUGUGUUAUGUGGAAAUAAAUGCUUCCACAUGAAGCUCCACAUAGCUUUACUGCCUCUCUUAAAUGAGUGCUCAACUUGAAAUAGGCAGGUUCUUGGCUUAUUUCAUUUCCCCAAAAAUGAUGGUGGUUUAGCUGUCCUGAAUCCCAUUGGACAAAAUUCUAGACUAAACUGCAAGGCAUGACCCAUGUUUCUUUGCCACGGUUUUGGCAUUUCUACUAGCUGCCUUUCCACCUGACCCAUUGCUGAGAUGUGUUUUGGAAGCAACCAGGUGAAGUUGGACACAACACUCACGUAACAUAUAUAUGAGCUACAGCCUUAUCCUUCCCUGACAGCAGUACAGAAGCCUUGGAACUACCUUUUCCUCCUGUGCAUGUAGCUGCCAAUCUAGAUUCUCUGAAAACCUUUUCACUUUAGUAGCCUCUAAACAAGUUCAGCAUGGCUGAGGGCACUUCAAGAGAGGGUCACUGAGUCAGGAAUUCAAAGCAGGCAAAGCGAAGCCGGUGCAAUCAACUCCUUAACAUACAAGCUGUGUUGGCGCAAGUGGCUCUUGUCUAGUUUAAGGGAUGGACUGGAUAAGCAACGGCCUUCAUUAUACAGCUGUAGUAGCAUGGGAGUGAGUGGGAAGGGCCAGAAGGUUUUGUGGCAAUUUAACCCUUUGACCCAAGGGGUUGACGGAUCAACCCAUCCGUCCUCUCUCAUGCAGAUUAACCCACAUAACCCGGAAAAUAGGCAUUGUCACCAGAGGCAGACCACAUCCAUUUAAAAAUAAUAAUAAUCUGGCGUAAGCUGCUGUCUAACAUAAACCUGUGUGCUAUAGAUGAAGAUCACUGUACUGACAGCAUCCUGCCUUGGGUCUGGAAUGGGUUAGAGCUUUGAUUAGCAAGUCUCAGCUUGGAGAAUGUGUUUCUGCCGUGAUGCAGUAGGUGAAGAGUCAGCUUCUGCCCACUUCUCCCUUGAUCCUUUUGGACACUUCCCUCCCACUUUCUACCAUGAACAGAACUCCAGAUGGGCCACACAACCUGUGUGGGAGAGGGGUGGAUGAUAGAAUCAGGCCUGAACUGAUGGGGGAUGCCUUGGUCGCCUCUUCGCCCACUGUGUCAGGAAAUCUAAAGCUGCUCCCUUGUUCUCUGUGUUGUGACCUGGCAGCCCUGGUUAGAGCUGAUCUGUGCAUUUUGAUUAUUUGGAACUGUACCACUUCAGAUGGUGGGGGGUGGGGAUGGACGGGACUGCAUGCUUCAGUGUUCUCACAUGUACAAACAAGCCCUCAUUGCACUUCGAAAAUUAGUACAUCAGAGAUAAAUUCUUACUAAGCUGCCUGCUACCAUCUUUCAUCCUUUAUCCAUGGCACCCAGGAGGCAGCAGAAGUCUCCACAGUGACUUCUGAUAUUGUCAAUAGAGACAGAAUGAUAGACAUUCUGAAGGGGUAUGAAUUAUCUACAUAUUUACUGGGGCACACACUUGCAGCCUGAGCCUAUGUGUGGGAUCCGCUUUAUUCAUGCGCCUCCUCUCAUAAGUGCAUAAGACUGCAGCCAUAAAGCCCUGGAAGUACAUCUGCCAUCAACUUAAGGUGUACUUCGUCCGGUUUUCUUCAACCAUUACAUUCUUCUAUUGCCACUGGGUGAUGGAUGGGAAUGCUUUUGGCAUAUUUGUCACAGGAGUACGUUUCUAGGAAAAUGGGCAAACCAGGAUGCGUUUCUGGGGAACUCAGAGUAGCCCAGCCAUAGUGCCCAAAUUAAAGAUGCUUAGUCAGAAAGACAAAAGAAUGAUGAAGCACCACUGGCUUGGGUCUAGUUAUUAUUAUUAAUUCUAUUUCUAUUCUGCUGGACUAUACGAUCCAGUCCUCUCAAUAAAGCACAGAUUGAGGCUUCAAUCUGCAUUGUUCUUGUGUUCUCUCUCUCUCUCUCUCUCUCUCUCUCUCUCUCUCUCUCUCUCUCUCUCUCUCUCACACACACACACACACACACACACACACACGUACGUAUAGAUUGGUGAUACUGGCAUCUGUUUAAUAGAAUGCUAGGUGUUCUAAAAAUGAGGCAUUUUGGCAAACUAACUAGGGUUGCCAACUAUUUUUCUUGAAGGCCUUGUGAGCCUUUAACAGCUGCUUGGUCAGCUGAUAUUCAGAAAGAAAAACUCCCCUCCCCCGUAUUGCACCUUCAUAUCAAAAGUUUAGGAGCACUGGAAGGAAAAAGAGCGAUAACACCGAAACUACCUCCUUUGCUUCUCCAUGCAAAAGUGAUGAAAAAGAAGUACUUGGUUGGCUGUGUGCUGGUGCUCUUAAGCUGUUAUGAGCUGCAGUUUAGUUAUGGAAACGCUCUAGAUACAACUCCUGCCAUUGCAACCAUGCAUAAUGGACAAAGCUGUGCAGUGGCAGUGAAAUUAAUUCCCCUAAACAAAUGCAACCAAAAGGCUUGCAUCAAUUUAAGAACAUAUGAACAUGAUAAGAUGGACCAGGUCUGAAACCCAAGUAGUCUUCACAUUCUGUUUACCCCCAUUACCCUACCUUUAGGAAACACACAAGCUGGGUGUGAAGGCGAUGGGUCCCUUCCCCCAACUGGUUUGCAGUGGCAUACUGCCUCUGAACAUGGAGGUUCUGUUUGGCUAUCACAUUUAAUGUCAGGACUGCAUAAUCAGGCCCUCCAGCUGUUGUACUAUAACAGCUUUCAGUAUGCUACAUGCUACUGUAGCAUUGCAUUUCAAGGUCUGUCCUCCAUGAAUGCGUCAAACCCCCUUUUAUCUCAGCUGCUGGCUGCAUUUUGGGACAGCAAAUUCCACACUGUUGAGCAUAUAAUACAAGUUUUUGAAGGCAAGAGCCUACUUUAUCAGCUGAAGGCUCUUGGCAAAGAAAACUCAUGCCACAUUAUUAGCUUUUAGGGUGCCACAGAAUGUUUUGUUGUGUUUUCUAUAACAAGCGGAUGUGGUUAUACCCUGGGUUUUGUCUUUUCUGGGCAACUACCAAAGGUGAGAAGCCCUUUCAGCCUCUGGAGGCAACCCUUGGUGAAACAUCAGAACUGUAAUUGUGCAAAUGCAGGAUCUUCCAUGGACUUCAGUUCCUGAGAUCUUGGAUGAUUUAAAUUCCAUGCCUUUGUAGUUGUGGAAAGGUGUAUAAAAAUUUUGGGUUGUACCUGUGAAAGAUGCCAUAAGCCAGAGAGGAAGCAUUGGUGCCUUGAUAGCCCACUUGGUCUUCACUUGUGAAGAUGUGACCUGUCAGCCCUAGCUCUUAUACCUAAGACAGGAGGCUGUCAGUACAGUGAUCUCCACUGAUUCUACAUAUUUAUUACAAAAGAAAACCACUGUUGUAUUCCUCAACUUAUGCACUGCUAUUGCCACUUGUAUGUUCAUAAGAUUUCUUUCUGCCAUUGCGCGUUUGAGGCCAGUCCCACACUUUGCAAAAUCUCAUACAUCAGGCCUAGAAUAAGGUAUACAAUUGACCAACGUUUAAAAAAAAAAAAAGGCAAAUGUUUGUAGUAGUACAGUAUUCAAUUGAUUUUUCUGUGCACACAGAACUUGAGAGUUUUCUGUUUUGUUUUGUUUUGUUUUUGCAUAGAAUAUGGACAGUUUGGGUCACUAGCCUUAGAGAAACUGGGCUUGUCCUAUCAUGGAAGAAUAUUUAGGCAAAACAUUGACUCUCUUAUUAUUCUCUUGAGCUAUCCCUGCAAGUCUGUCAGGGCAAGUCACUCAGAUUCCUCACUGCCAACGUCCUUUGUAUAGCCCAAAUCUAUCACUUGGAUUUUGAAUUUACAGUUCAGUACCUUGUUAGGUUCUCAGCGACAAUUUGGAAUCCCAAGAGUGGAUUAGCCAAAGAAUUUUGCUAAGUACCAGUUGGUGCCAUCUUGGAUUACAGACCAAGGUGUUGAAACCACCGAACAAUCAACAAUCAACUUGCCUGAGAAACUGAUCAUUUGGAAAAACCCACAUCAUGUGUGAGAGAGUGUGGCUCAGCCGGGCUCUGGCUUGCUUGUGUGUGUGUGUGUGUGUGUGUCUUUUCCUCUUUGCAGUCAAUGCAAUUUUUUCCCCCAGAGAGCAAGGAUGUCUGGCUAGUUGGCUAGUUUUAAUGUUCCUUGUUUUGUUUUUCAACAGGUCUGGGUGGGUUGGGAUAUUUUUUUCAUAUGUGUUGGAAUACUGGAGCUUUUAAAAAAUUCUCUCUUUCCAUUGUGUUUACUCUGAAUCAGGUUCUUCUUUCUCUGAAGGUGUCUUGAAGAUGCUAUUUCUGUUUUUUCUUUUUCCCUGCACCUCCCUUUUUUUUACCCUCUACAACCCUUUGUGCAUUGGGAUUUGGGAUUUUGUGGCUUUCCCCCCUAAACAAUGGAAUCUGGGAAGGGAUGGAUGGGAUAGACUGAUUGAUACUGUGAUUAGUAAGAACACAAAGGGGCUCAUGUGGUGGAAACCAAGGCUCCUGUUUUGGAGGGAAUGGUUUCUCCAGAGUGGCUGCAUUAGAUUGUGUACUUGUUUCAAGGUUGGUUCCAGCAAAGACAUGUAGAGCGCCAAAAACUGCCCCCUUUUGGUAGAGUUGGAGAAUUCCUCUGCUGUUUGUACUGUCCCAAUCUUGCCAGAAGACUUGAUGUUACUUUUCUGUUUACAAUUCUCCCCAAUUUUGUAAACUGUGAUUGCCAACUUUUUUCUCAGCUGGGCUCUUGUGCCUUUAACAAUUACAAGAAUAGAGGAAAUGUGGCAGAUUAAAGAUUUCCCCACUGUGCAAAUGGAGUGUGGGGAAAAUACUUUGGCUGCUGGAUUUUCUCCUGUGGUAGAGCCCUGCCAGAAAAGAACACUGGCAGUCCUCCUCUGAAUGCAUAAUUAAAGCCUUUCUGCUGGAAAAUGUGAACUAUAUUGCGGGGGGGGCAGAGUUUCUCCCCCUUUAAGAACUCUUCUGAAUGACAGCAUUCACCAGGUGCAUCCUCAACCACCAUUGCAGCACUGUGAGGGGAGCAGCUUAUCCUGAAGAACAUGUGUCUUCCUAAAAGUUCUCUUAAAUGGACAGAAGCCCUAUCCUCUUAGGAAUAUGGACAUCCUAAGUAAGGGAAGCAUGGCUUAGCUGUGCAGUGUUAUUUCGCUGAAGGCUGCAAGCAAAAGUGACACCAUCUCUCUAAGAUGGUGCAGUUUGUUGCAGCUGGGGAGGAUGGGCCGGCUGCCCCUGCUGCAAGUGGAUUCAGAAGCAACCACUUGGGGUGUGGUUCCUCUGGGGUUUUGCAGCUCUCUUCACCAGACCUGCAAAAGCCAGUCAAUACUCAGGCUUUGCAUCCUGCUCUUAUGGUGAAGAUUGGCCAGUGAGGAAGCUUACUGACUUGCUAGAAAAGUUAAGUUGCCUGGUGUGUGUGAGGUGGUGGUGGUCCUUCUAAAGUCACCCCAUUUAAUUGGGAAGGUCUUGCCUUAAAGCUGGCUUGCCCUUGGACAGCACAGGGUAGCAGUAUUAUCUGUAUAUCUUGGACAUUUCUCCAGAAAACAAGGGACCACACACUUGGCCCUUAAAAAGGUCUGUGUGUGCACCAAUACAGGCAGGAAAGUGUGUGCCUGCCUGUUGUCCACCAGAGAAGCAGUACUUGAUCUAUUUUCUGUGAGGAUGUACUGUCUGACCUCCACCCCAUCAGGUUGCUAAGGGGAAAAGAAUGUCAAACACAGUUGUAUCAACAAAAUCCCAGUCUCUCCAUGCUGUUAAUAGCUGUUAGUGUGUCUGGUCCUGGUAACUCACCACAGGUGUAGUUAUCCUUUGAGAACAGGUAUUUGUUGCCGCUCACUGGGUACCUGGAUUCCUGCACUGCCCAGCGCUCAUCAGUAACAUUCCAACUGUGAGGUAUGGAGCCGUUCAGGUGCCUUGUGGAUCUGAUGUCAUCCUAAAACCUGGCUUUGUGGUACCAGCUUUCUUCUCAGUGGGACUCGUCCAACUACAGAUUCUAGGGCUAUGCUGCGAGGGACAUGCACAUGUAAGAAAAACUGGGGGGAGGUGUCCCACACGUGUUGUAUCAAAGCAUGAGGUGUAGGGAGCUAUAGCCACAUCCUCAUCAGCUGGCAGCAUCCCUGGAAAGUAGGGUGCUGAAGAUGUGCCUGCCCCCAGUUACUGGGAAAUGUGGGUGCCUCCCUUUUCUUGACCCACAAAAUUGCUGAAGACCCUUCCCAUUCCCAUGCCCUGCCUUGUUUGCUGUUCUCAGUAUGGUGUUCACGUGCCAUAUGGAUCUAUAGUAUCAAGCAAUGAUGAGUUGUUAACAGUAACUUUAGCCUUUUGGUUUCAUUCCCCCUUUGUUUCUUUAGGGUACAAAUUGUAAACCUGGCUGUUGGAUAAUAAAAUUUUCUCCAGAAAAAAGAAAGAAGCUCA